ACCAAUAAACUUUUAGAAGCAUCUCAUCUCUCUUCUUCGUGAAUUUCCAAACGACUGCUGGUGUUACAGUUGCCAUCGAUAUAAACCGAUCCAUAUCACAUCCAAACUCACCCUAAAUCAAAAAUGGCAGACAAAGAAUCGAAGAUCAAGAAUGUCGAUGUUGCUUCUGAUAACAGUCGAAGCAGCCAAGAAGAAGAACAAGAUGGAAACGAAACAAAGAUCGAUUUGGGUAUUUCUUUUGAUAAACUUACCCUCGGUCCUAAAAAGAAACUGCUUGUGAUUCCUCUCGCCGGCAUCAUCGUUCACCGAGCUCAUCGUUGCAGUCCAGCUAGUAUUCCCAAGAACCGCCGCCCUGAUUUCUCGUACGGAAAUUUUCUGGUUUACAAGAGGCCUUUUUGUGAGGAAUUCUUGAAGUUUUGCUUCGAAAGAUUCGAAGUGGGGCUAUGGUCUUCAGCAAUGGAGCGUAACAUACAAAAAGUUCUGACCCAUGUUAUCGGAGAAGAGAAAAACAAGUUCUUGUUCACUUGGGAUCAAAGUCAAUGCACAAAUACAGGGUUCAUGUGUUUGUGGAACGAAAACAAGCCGGUGUUCUUGAAAGAACUUAAAUACGUAUGGGAGAAGUACUCGAAGUACUCGUCUUCUAACACGUUGUUGAUCACGGAUACUGAGAAAGCUCUCUUGAAUCCUCCCAACACUGCCAUUUGCCCAAAGAAGUACGAUAUUGAUAACGAAGAUGAUGAUUUUUUAGGUCCAAAUGGGGAGUUACGACUGUUUUUGGAAGGAGUUGCGGAAGCUAAAGACGUGCAAAGCUAUGUGAAAGAUCAUCCAUUUGGAGAACCUGCGAUUACACCUUCACAUCCUGAUUGGAAGUAUUAUUCCAAGAUAAUUCGAUUUUUUGAGAAGAAAAGAAGUAGUGAUACUGAUCAUAAGAAAUGAUAUGAUUCAUCCCAAAUGGGUUGUCAUUGACUGGUUUCUUUAAUUUGUUAGGGAUAUUUUGCAUGUAGUUUUGAUUGCAUCGGAUGCAAGAAUGUGUAUUGUUUCUAAUUAAAAUGUUGGCUUAUGUUUUAGAAAA